AGAGCCCUUCUACCUACGUCUUCAGCUUCGCCUGGAAAAGAGACGAGAAAGAGGCAGGCGAGACGUGGCGAUACUGAUAAUCCACCAAGAACUGCAAACAAGAGAAGUCCUGCUGUGUUCAACUAUACUUCGCUGUCAAGAAACGUGGGACAUCUCAGUACAACUCACCCCAUCAUGCCUCGAGCUCUCUUUCUCUUUCUCCUCCUAUUUGCUCUAGGACUGGGUCGCGUCUCAGCAAUCAACCUCCGCUAUGCGCCCCUUGCACCACCAAAACCAACAAAGGCUCCUUCGCGAAACGGCACAACCAUCUUGAACGACGACCUUGAAAGACGACAAGCCACCUCCGUAACCUCCGUGUGUGGAUACUACAACGGCGACCCGACAAAGUCGAGGACAGCAGACCCGGGCUUCGGCUGUCGCCUUGAUAUCGACCGCGGGCUUUGGGGCUUCUGUCCCACGACCGUCAUCUCUGCCAAAGAUUGCGGGCUGGCCGGCAACUGCGUCGACUCGCAAAACUGCAAGUCCGGCUGCGGCAAGACGGGCAUCGCAGGCCUGACGACUUUCACUUGUGCAACAGAUAGAUUCUGCUCCACCGUUCUUCUCGAAGGAGGAUUCGAAGGAGGCUUCUCCUACAUUGCGUGCGGCAACACAGCGACAGUAGAAACGUUGCUCAAGGAACCCAUCGUCACACCCUCAGCACCCUCAACUAUUGUCGCGACUACGGUAAUCAUCACCCCGACUGACGCCGCCACCACCACAACACAAUCAUCUGCGUCAACUUCCUCGUCAACAUCAUUCCGUACUUCUGCCCCGUCCUCAAGCGUUUCUUCUUCCGCAACGCAAACCACUUCCCCAGCAAGCCAAACAACCUCCCCAACAGACGGAGCCACCUCGUCCUCGGGAUCAAGCAACACAGGACCCAUCAUCGGCGGCGUCGUGGGCGGCGUCGCAAUCAUCUGCGUCACGAUCGUCGUCGCAAUCUACAUAAUGCGGCGUAACAAGCGUGCAGAAGCGGAAGAACCUCGUGAGAAGAGAGGAAGCCGCUUCAGGUCGUGGGGCCGGUCGUCGUCGAAGCCUCCUAACUAUGAACAGAGCGAAGCGGUUCGGACGGACACACAAGAAUACGGCGGUGCCGGACAGAAUAAAAUGUACGCCGGGUGGGGUCCGUCUGAAGUAUAUGGAUCAGAGCCUCGAAGAGAUCCCACAGCUCCGGUUGAGUUGCCGGGUGCUUCCCCUGUAGAGCUUCCUAGUCGGAGAGGUUAAUGAAUGUUAAUGGUAAGGUUGUGUAUAUGGAGAGGUGACAGAUCUAGUCAACUGAGUUGUGAGAUAAUGGGGAACGGGGGAACCCAAAGGUACGAGAUGAGCAUCGCUUUUGAACUAUUACAUACUAUCUUCAAAACCUACAUCCAAGUCUAUAUGGUCGAGAUGGUACCCGAUGCGUCUCAUUUGUGCGCAUGGUACCAGCGGCGGCCGCCAAUGUAAUUUGUAAACGAUUUUUGUGU